CUGAAGCUUAAUCGUAAACAGUGGCCCAGUCACAACAAUGCAGCGAAGCAGCUGCUUCUAGCUUUAGCUUUAAAGAGCAGUUUUUUAAAAACCCACGGAGCUCUGAGUCCAUCCGGCCGCAGCGGCUUCGGUUCAGUUCGUGUUCGGGUUGGAAUUCGCUUUGUUUGGGCUUUAAACCGUGUUUGUUUGGCUGGAGAUGGAGACAGCUAGCGGUUGGCUGACAGCAGCAGAGGGGAGCGGCUGAAAGGUGAGGGGGAACCCGGGGUUUGCACCAAGAAACUCUGAAUAAACGGUUGAUCCGCAGGUUAGUGACAUGGUGGAGUAGGCGUCGUCUGCGCUGAAGCUCUCUGCGUCCUCCGGGCCUCUCUCUGCCUCUCUCUCCGGGGAGCGUCGCCAUGGCCCCGGGGUCUCUGGUGGCGGCCUGCCGCAGUCUGGCCCUCUCUACGUGGCUGCUCUCCUUCUGCUUCGUCCACCUGCUCUGCCUGGACUUCACCGUGGCGGAGAAGGAGGAGUGGUACACCGCCUUCGUCAACAUCACCUACAUGGACCCGUCCACCUCCGAGCUGCGCACCGAGAAGACGGAAUGCGGCCGCUACGGGGAGCACUCCUCCAAGCGGGAGGCCAAGGGGGUGGUGGUGCUGCCGGCCUCCCCGCUGGACCGGCAGGCCUGUGACCCCCACACCCGGUUCGCGGUCCCCCCGCAGGCCGCGGCGGGCUGGAUAGCGCUGAUAGCCCGGGGGAACUGCACCUGCAAGGAGAAGAUCCGCAAUGCUGCAGCCCACAACGCCACGGCGGUGGUCAUCUUUAAUGUGGGCUCCACGAAUCCCAACGAGACCAUCACUAUGCCCCACCAAGGUAUAGGUGAGGUGGUCGCCAUCAUGAUCCCGGAGCCAAAAGGCCGUGAGGUGGUCUCCCUGCUGGAGCGCAACAUCACGGUCACCAUGACGAUCACCAUCGGGACCAGGAACCUGCAGAAGUAUGUGAGCAGGACGUCGGUGGUGUUCGUAUCCAUCUCCUUCAUCGUGCUGAUGAUCAUCUCCCUGGCCUGGCUCGUCUUCUACUACAUCCAGAGGUUCAGAUACGCCAACGCACGGGACAGGAACCAGCGUCGCCUUGGCGACGCAGCUAAGAAGGCCAUCAGUAAACUCCAGGUCCGCACCAUCAGGAAGGGCGACCAGGAAACGGAACCAGACUUUGACAACUGCGCCGUCUGCAUAGAAGGCUACAAAAUCAACGACGUGGUCCGCAUCCUGCCCUGCAGACAUUUGUUCCAUAAGAGCUGCGUGGAUCCGUGGCUGUUGGACCAUCGCACCUGUCCCAUGUGUAAGAUGAACAUCCUGAAGGCUCUUGGCAUCGCUCUGAACGCAGACUGCCUGGACGACCUCCCCCUGGACUACGACCUGGCCCUGGGCGGCGUAGGCGGCGUUGGGAUGGGCGGAGUAGGAGCUCUGGCCCUGGAGGCCGUGGUGUCCGGGGCGUCCAGUGACGGGACGCUGAGCGAGGGCGGCUCUUCGGUGGUGCUGGACCCCGGCGUGCGGCGGGUGGGGCUCCCGCAGGACUACCAGGACCAUGACCCACUGAGAGACAGUCCCAUAACAGCCACUGAUGCCCACACAGGUGAGCUGCAGCCCAUGGCGAGCAGCGCCUCCGUGGCAUCUCUGGUCAUCGCCGUGGAAACCGGCCUGUCAGACGAGGAGGGGUCCAUCGGACAGCCUCAGAUGGGAGCCAAGUCCUGAGAACAGCACAACAGAACCGAGCCAGAACCAGGCCAAAAUAAACAAGACUCAGAACAAUCUUUAGGUCCGGAGAGAGGUCCAGCCCGACCGAAGAAUAAAAUCUGACCCAAACCUGGUUACGGUUUACGCUCGCCUAAAAUACACUGAUCCAGAACCAGCGCUGUGAGGGUCCGACUAGGUUUGGACUUCUGAAGCAGACCUGUUGGGUUCAGAGGAAUUGGAUUUUAUCUGUUGUUUCAGUGUUAACUUUCCGCUUGUUCUUAGUUUUCCUCAUCCUGGUUCCCUCCCCUCAGCUUGUUCUGUUAGAACCCUCGUUGGCCCGGACAGUCUUCCUCCCAGAACCUGGGUCUCUAGCUCCUAAAUGGCUCCACCUCCUUCUAACAGCUGUUAUCUUCAGAGACUGGAAGCUCAGCAGGAGGUUCUGCUGUGAGGAGGAGUCCUGGUAUCUAGUCCAGCAGUUAAACUCGACCCGAUAACACUCUCUUUGUUUUGGUUCUCCAGUCUGUUUGUGGUGAGACUGAAGGACUUGAUUAAAAAGAACCGGGCUGCUCCAGGAGCUGGACCCGGCAGUGUUACGUUGACUGCAGUAUUGAACACCUCAGUAUUCCCUCCUUCCUUUGCUCCCUCUGCUGAGGUUCGAUUCCAGCGUUUCCUCUGCUGUUUCCAAAAGUCGCUCCUUUUUUUUUUUUAUUAGGAGGGGAAUCAAAGGUUCUCACUUCUGGGGGGAAACUGAAGUUGAACAAAAAGUUUUCUUUAACAUGUAAAGCACAGAUAAAAAAAAAAUAUGUGAAAACUGUGAGUGAAAGCAGAGAAAUGCUGCCAGGCUCUGAAUCAUUUCCAGCAGCGAGUAACAUUUGGAGAUUUUUCCUUUUCCUCAUUCUUCUCUCUCCUUUUAACAGAUGUCUUCAUUGGAGCUCCGUAUUAUUAGGUGCUUUCAGACCACAGAAUAUUUAGAUUUGGGUUUGAUCUCCUGCGGCAGCAGCAGAGUAUUUCCCCAGUCUGCUGUUUUAUCUAAUAAUCCAUAAAGUAAUUGGACAUACAUAUAUUAAAAAGGGGUUAAACUAUCUGUUCUGGUCUAACUACUUCUAUAUCUAUGCUGAUUUAGCAUAGAUAUAGAAGAAGGGGCUAAAAGUUUAUUUUUAAACCUUUUCUUUUUUAUUUCCUUGUAUGACAUGUCUGAUAACAUGCUACCAGUCUGCAUUGGAUUUCUAGAUUUUGAUUUCUUUCUGGUUUGAACAUCAUUAUAGUCAGAAAAUGAUUAAAUCUACAGAAUUAUUUGUGUAAUCUACAUUCAGAUAUUUUUUUCUUUCAAUCAGUUUCUGCUUAAUUUCUUUGGGGAUGUGGUGGAUUGGCCUAAUUAUUAAAAUUCUUUUUUAUAUGACAUUUUAUUUAUGAAUAUUUUUGCAUGUUUUGUCAAAAAACAUGCAGACUGGAGUAGAAAGUUUUUGCCAAAACAAUGAAAAUGGCCAUUUUUUUUUUUUUUUUUUUACCGAUAUUGUGAUUUUUAAUUUGAAUCUCCUUUGAUCAAACUAAAAACAUGUAGAGUUUCCUCAAGGUUUAAUUGUUUUGACGACCUUGGCCUAUUCCCUGUUCGGAGUCCAUAGUUUAACCUCUUACACCCUAAGGGGGUAUAAAUAAAUUUCUGCCUGACAAAAACACACAAAAGUGAAUAACUUAUAGCCUCAAAGCUAUUAGAUUUAAGAAGAAACUUUUGGUACCUCUGUAAA